GUGGGCAGGACGGGACCCGCCCUGCCCGCGUCGCCGCGAGACUUAGCACGAGGCCGUUGGAUGAAGGAGGGGGGUGGCGGGCAGGUGCCGGCACUGCCUCGCUAUUCAUAGUUGAAUUCCUGGAACGGGCCAAGCCGAGGGAGCCGUUUCAGGAGGGAGGCUGGGAGGGGGUAGUCAGGCCCCCACUCCCGCCCUUUGUUUGGGCUCGCUCCGCGGGCCGCUUCAGCGUCGCCUAGCAACAUCUGCCCUAGGCUGUGAUUGGCUGAGCUCUUGGCACCAGCGACAAUGGCAUAGUUGUUGCCAUGGCAGGUGUAGAUUGCCAAGCUCAGUCGGGCCCCGCCCGCCCGGUCUCGGCUGGCCCAGGAGGCCUCCUGGGUUUGGGGGCGGGACGCUGGGGUCCCUAGGGGCUGGUGGCCAUUCAGGGCGGGCGUGGCCCGUAGGGUGAGGGUUAACUUGCCCCUCCCCCGUCCACCUGCUCUACUCUUACCCCGCAUGCCCUGGGCUGACCCUUGUCCCCUCUCCCGCCCCCGGUGGCAGCGGCGGCUGCUGUUGUCACCCACCGGGCCGCCUGUCCCGCUUGCCCUCCCGCCGCGGGGCCGGCCGGGCCAGGGACAGGCGGCCCGCCUUCUCAGCACCGCCACCGCCGCCAUGCUGGCUGCUCGCCCACCCCACUGGGGGCCCCACCGCGCUCCAGCCCCCCGUGGGCCCCGCGCCAGUCCUGACCCGGGUCUCAGCGGCGGUGGCAGCCGAGGUGCAGGAUGCAAGAAGGCGCCCCCCGGCCGGGCUCCCGCUCCAGGCCUCGCUCCCCUGUGGCCCUCUGAGCCCACCAUGGCCGUCCCACCGGGCCAUGGUCCCUUCUCUGGCUUCCCAGGGCCCCAGGAGCACACGCAGGUAUUGCCUGACGUGCGGCUACUGCCUCGGAGGCUGCCCCUGGCCUUCCGGGAUGCAACCUCAGCCCCACUGCGUAAGCUCUCUGUGGACCUCAUCAAGACCUACAAGCACAUCAAUGAGGUAUACUAUGCGAAGAAGAAGCGGCGGGCCCAGCAGGCGCCACCCCAGGAUUCCAGCACCAAGAAGGAGAAGAAGGUCCUGAACCAUGGUUAUGAUGACGACAACCAUGACUACAUUGUGCGCAGUGGCGAGCGCUGGCUGGAGCGCUACGAGAUUGACUCGCUCAUUGGCAAAGGCUCCUUUGGCCAGGUGGUGAAAGCUUAUGACCAUCAGACCCAGGAACUCGUGGCUAUCAAGAUCAUCAAGAACAAAAAGGCCUUUCUGAACCAGGCCCAGAUUGAGCUGCGGCUGCUGGAGCUGAUGAACCAGCAUGACACGGAGAUGAAGUACUACAUAGUGCACCUGAAGCGGCACUUCAUGUUCCGGAACCACCUGUGCCUGGUGUUUGAGCUGCUGUCCUACAACCUGUACGACCUCCUGCGCAACACCCACUUCCGUGGCGUCUCGCUGAACCUAACUCGGAAGCUGGCGCAGCAGCUCUGUACGGCCCUGCUCUUUCUGGCCACACCUGAGCUCAGCAUCAUUCAUUGCGACCUCAAGCCUGAAAACAUCUUGCUCUGCAACCCCAAGCGCAGUGCCAUCAAGAUCGUGGACUUUGGCAGCUCCUGCCAGCUUGGCCAGAGGAUCUACCAGUAUAUCCAGAGCCGCUUCUACCGCUCGCCUGAGGUGCUCCUGGGCACACCCUACGACCUGGCCAUUGACAUGUGGUCCCUGGGCUGCAUCCUUGUGGAAAUGCACACCGGAGAGCCCCUCUUCAGUGGCUCCAAUGAGGUGGACCAGAUGAACCGCAUUGUGGAAGUGCUGGGCAUCCCGCCGGCCGCCAUGCUGGACCAGGCGCCCAAGGCUCGCAAGUACUUUGAACGGCUGCCUGGGGGUGGCUGGACCCUACGAAGGACAAAAGAACUCAGGAAGGAUUACCAGGGCCCCGGGACACGGCGGCUGCAGGAGGUGCUGGGCGUGCAGACGGGCGGGCCCGGGGGCCGGCGGGCGGGGGAGCCGGGCCACAGCCCCGCCGACUACCUCCGCUUCCAGGACCUGGUGCUGCGCAUGCUGGAGUAUGAGCCUGCCGCCCGCAUCAGCCCACUCGGGGCUCUGCAGCACGGCUUCUUCCGCCGCACGGCCGACGAGGCCACCAACACGGGCCCGGCAGGCAGCAGUGCCUCCACCUCGCCCGCACCCCUCGACACCUGCCCCUCUUCCAGCACCGCCAGCUCCAUCUCCAGUUCUGGAGGCUCCAGUGGCUCCUCCAGUGACAACCGGACCUACCGCUACAGCAACCGAUAUUGUGGGGGCCCUGGGCCCCCUAUCACUGACUGUGAGAUGAACAGUCCCCAGGUCCCACCAUCCCAGCCGCUGCGGCCCUGGGCAGGGGGUGAUGUGCUACACAAGACGCAUCAAGCCUCUGCCUCUGCCUCGUCACUGCCUGGGACUGGGGCCCAGUUACCCCCCCAGCCCCGAUACCUUGGCCGUCCCCCAUCACCAACCUCACCACCACCCCCGGAGCUGAUGGAUGUGAGCCUGGUGGGCGGCCCUGCUGACUGCUCCCCACCUCACCCAGCGCCUGCCCCCCAGCACCCGGCUGCCUCAGCCCUCCGGACUCGGAUGACGGGAGGUCGUCCACCCCUCCCGCCUCCUGAUGACCCUGCCACUCUAGGGCCUCACCUGGGCCUCCGUGGUGUACCCCAGAGCACGGCAGCCAGCUCAUGACCCUGCCCCCUCCCUGGGGCCCCUCCUGAAGCCAUACCCCCCCCCAUCUGGGGGCCCUGGGCUCCCAUCCUCAUCUCUCUCCUUGACUGGAAUUGCUGCUACCCAGCUGGGGUGGGUGAGGCCUGCACUGAUUGGGGCCUGGGGCAGGGGGUCAAGGAGAGGGGUUUGGUCACUCCCUCCCCACUAUGGACUGGACCCUUGGCCCCCUCUCCCCCUUUUUUUCUAUUUAUUGUACCAAAGACAGUGGUGGUCCGGUGGAGGGAAGACCCCCCCCUUACCCCAGGACCCUAGGAGGGGGUGGGGGCAGGUAGGGGGAGAUGGCCUUGCUCCUCCUCGCUGUACUCCCAGUAAAGAGCUUUCUCACA